AACUAUUUGUCCCAAAAGCCCAGACCAAGAGAAACCCUAGAACCUGAGACUGAGUCGAUGAUUUCCUCUCACAUCUCCACUAUUGAGCGGAUCCUCUAUCUCCUAGAUCCAUCGUUUCCUCUUCUUCAAUAGAUCAUCGAUCUCCUAGCUAUUCACGAGGAGAAAAGGUUUCUACAAGCAUACAACAAAGAAAGGUAUCUCUAAGUCAAAGCCUUCUUCCCGGAAAGCCCCUCCGAAACACGCAGCCACCCAAGUUUCUGAUGCUAUGCAGCAGGAGAUGUUGAUUUCGCAUGGCUUCUUCGAUGUCAACGGUACCGUUUACUUGAGAUCGUUCUCUUGACUGCACAACUUCGUACACUUCUUCCUCAAAUUCGCUUUUAAUUGUUUUCACUGAGUCAAUGGCGGGUUGUGGUAAAACUCUCGGAUCCCGCGUUGCCAAGAAGGCGACGUCUCGGAGCAGCAAAGCCCAGUUCCCCGUCGGUCGUAUCGCCCGGUUCUUGAAAAACGGCAAGUACGCGUUCGCCGGAGCUCCGGUUUACCUCGCCGCCGUUCUCGCGUACCUCGCUGCGGAGAUUCUGUAUAUAUACACACUUGCCGCGGGAAUCGCUUCUCACCGGAGAGAUACGUAUCGCCGGAACCACCCCGUCGCUUGAUUCUCGAUUCGGCGGAGAGAUACCCUAAUUUCCCUUUUAUUGUUGAACUCAAUCGAAGAUAAGGCAAUGGUGAAAAGCGAAGUGAAGACCGAGAAGCUUGAUGACGACAUCACAAUCAAAGACCAUAAGCACCGUCGUCGCGUGGUUAGCUCCGCCGAGGCCUUAGAUAGAAAGUUCAAGAGAACCGUCCUCUGCGUGGCGAAACCGUCUUACCUUCUGAGUCUGCUUGAGCGAAGUAGUACCCGAUGCAACUACCUCAAACGGUUGCCGAAGAUCCUUAGUGAGCUGCUUCGCCAGAGAAACUGGAGAGAAGCUAGCGGUGUACUUAGCGUCUUGAUGCAAGGGACUAUGGGAGAUGGGUCUCCUUCCAUGAAACGCCUCAAAUACGAGGUUCUUGAAUUGGCUGGAAACGCGGCGAGGGACAACAAGAAGACGAGAUGCCACGUCAUAUCCAGUUGGCUGUGAGGAACGACGAGGAGCUGAGCAAGUUGCUUGGGGAUGUGACGAUUGCUAACGGAUGUGUGAUGCCCAACAUUCACAACCUUCUUCUUCCCAAGAAGGCUGGUGGUGGUGCUUCACCGCGUUCCGGUGACGACAAGUAGAUUCAGUUAUGUGUUUGUGGGGUUUUGACGAGGAGGUUUUAGGUGAAUCUCUGUGUAUGUUUUAGAGUCUUUUGUAAUCCAGUAACAAUAAUAGUGGAGAGAGUGUCAACAAUUCGAAGAACAAGAGUGGAAACAUGAAAUCAUAGAUUUUUUUUAUCUAUUUAUUUUGUCAUUUCUGGUCUGAAUAUUGAAAGUUGAUAUUA